AUGGGCCUGACAGCCGAUACAACGACCAAGAAGAACCCAUUUGACCUUUGUGCUUAUUCUGAGCUGGUCUACGAAACCAUGACUCUGAUCCUCGAUAGAUUUGAAGACUCGGGGAAAAUGCAAAAUCGAUAUGGCUGUGCCGGUGUGAAUGCAUCUCAGUUAGGACCUGAUGGGCCCAAAAGCGUCUUCCAGCAGCUCAGCACAUCUUUUAAUAAUUUCUCGGCCAAGUCAACAUCCAUUGAUCGCGCCAGAUCUACACUUAUCAAAAAGACACACUGGGUUAUUCGUGAUCACAAAAAGUUUGAGACGCUCAUAUACGAUGCAAAGGGCUACAUUGAUAGCUUGCAAGAUAUCACCAAGAACCUUGAAAGUCAUUCCAUUCAUGAUCAGAAGGAUGUCAUGACAAUGGGUGUCCGCAGAAUCAACGACACGAGAGCUUUGGGAUGGCUAUCGGAAGUGUGUAUAGUCGAUUACCCAGAGCUAUCAGAUGCUGCGACUUCGAAGGCGGAGACAAUCACCCAAGCCAGCAUCUCGAAUGAAAACCAAGACGAGAGAAUUAUUCACGGGUUCGUGAGCGAGAAUGAUAACGAUUCCGAUGGAGUGAGUCUGAACUAUGUCAUUGCCAGCUUGGAGGAUAUGACAGUCACCCAAUUGAAACAUGAGCUUUCAACGUUUCGUCUGCAAGAAAAACUUCGAGCCAAAGAAGCGAUGCAGCGCGAGGAGAAAAACCAGAGUGAAUCGGAACAGCUAGCCGAUGAUGAUGAUGAUGAACCCGGGGAUGAGUCAAGUUUGGGGGGGUACAAGAUAUCUGAAAAUCGACCGACCAAAAGGGGAGAACAACUCCAGUCGCGUGGCGGAUAUUUCCAGGGCCUCUGCAGACCAAGCAUUUCUUAG